GAUCCACUUCCCGAUCAAAGGUUAAAGGCAGUACAAAGUUUUUUUGCUUAGGUUCAGAAAAUGACAACGCUAGGACGAUUUUUUACAAAUACCAGUAAAAAUCUUAUUCUUCAAGUUUGUAAAGCCGAGGCAUCGUUGCACGUCAAUGGGUUAAAUAGGCUUUAUUCGUCUGGUAUGCAAAUGUUUUUGUUUUUUUUUAAUAAGAAAGGAACCAAUUAGAAUAGUUUGGUUUAAAGUUAAACAAAAAAAAAAGAAAGUCAAAGUCAACAAUGAUUAAAUUUAAAAUUAAUAAUAUUUCAGUAAAGAUAUUUUUCGGUCUGAACUAGAGUUAGAUUAAUUAGUUAGUACUGAUGUACUUUUUUUAGCUUAAUUAUUAUUAUAAAGGUAUAAAUAAUGUUAGAAGACCUAGGCCUAGGCCUAGACCGUCCAUAGUCAUAGUAUUAGUCAUUAGUAUAAUAGAAUAAUAGGUACUUUGAUUAGAAAAUUAAAACUUUUUUAAAAAAUAAAUAAUAAACCAAUGACAAUGGCAUAGUUGAAUAAAGCUAAUUUUUUUAAAGAAUUAAAACAACAAAAUCAUAUUUUUAGCUGUUGUAGUUUUAAAGUUAUGAAUUUUUAAAGUACGACUUAAUUUGUCCUUUUUUAACAUGGGCCGCAUCUCCAUUUUCUGGUACCCAAUUCCGUUGUUCGUGUCACUAGCUAUAUAACUCUUGUUUUAAUGAUAAUUUUAAUUUCAGAACUAAUGCUGUAUUUAAAAAAUAAGUCCCAUGACUUUUUGCACACAGUCAAUUCUGAUCGCUAAUAAUAUGGACUCUACCAGGUUUUUAAAGCUCAAAUUUAAAAAUUCUAGUUUAAAUGUCUUCAAAACGCAUUCUGAAACACAAGUUAUCAAAUAUUUUGAUGUACAUAGAGAUAAUAAUGAAUAUUUCCUAAGCUAAGUAUCGGCGUUUUCCGCCAUUUAAAGGGGGCGGGAUCACUAAUCCAAAAUGGCCUGUGCAUAAUGAGGUCAACGUUGAGGUCAACGUUGAGGAGAAUUGUGAAAAUGUUUCAUGAGGUAUCUCAAUGAAAUUUUGCGCAAGUGUACUUCAACAAAUUAUGCAGGCCUACUUUUAAUAUGAAAGACCUACAUUGAAUAUUUAGACCGAAUUUUUUAAUACGAAGAUGCCUUAUAUUGAAUACGAUUUUCCUUACUUAACGUUCAUAUAAAGAAAAAAUUAGCUCAAUAUUUCUCCUAACGUUAUAUGGCGGAGUCAGACCUUAAUUAUGGGCCAAAAGGACUCAUAAUUUAUUCAAAUUACAUGCACAUGAAAAAAUUGGAUUCUAUUGCGCCGACGACCAUUUCCGAUACAAAUUUACUAGGAGUCUUCUUCUUCUUCUUUAUUUUAAGGGCCCACGAUCAAUGAAUUGAUCAUUCUGGCUCCUAUGUUUCAGAGAGGUUUGCGAUGUUACUGUCCAUGGGUUUCAAUGGGAUACUUCACUGGUUGCAAGGGCGACUCAGCAGUGGUGUUAUGAACUGGGGGUUGGAAUACAGGAGGCAAUAGACACAAAUGUAUCGAGUGUAGCCGCCUCAACUGUUGCUUUUGGAAGCUUGUUCCAGUCCCCUAUUGUCUUCGGCAGGAAUGAGGAGCUUCUGUACUUCGUUCUUGUUUUUACCAGCCGGAACUGUUUGUCGUGACUUCGUCGCAGUCUGGGGGGAAGAUUAACGAGUUUCUGUUUGAUUCCGGAGCAGUGCACCAGUCCAUUUGUUAUCUUGUACAACAUGGUGAGCCUGGAUAGUCGUCGUCGUUCUUCCAAUGUCGACCAGCCCAGUGUUUCCAGCAUGCUGCCAACACUCGAGGUGCUUCUGUAGCGGUUCAUGACAAAGCGUGCUGCCCGUCGCUGGACCGCCUCCAACCUGUCUAUGCUUUUCUGGGUAAAUGGGUCCCAGACUGUAGAAGCAUACUCUAAGAUAGGUCGGACAAAGGCUUUAUAGGCUUUUUCUUUCACGCUUGAGUUGCCGAUCUUCAGAUUGCGCCUUAGGAACCCCAGGGUCUUGUUUGCCCGGUUGCACACACUGUUAAUGUGCUCGUCCCAGCGGACCUCUCUUUGGAUGGUAACACCCAAGUACUUAACGGAGGAAACUGGCUCAAGAAUAUGGCCAUGCAGUUCGUAAGAGUGGUUUAGAGGGAACCUGCUUCUGGAGACUGACAGGGUUUGGCACUUAGCUUUGGCGGAGUACCUAGUAUAGAAUAUGAUAGAAUAAGCUUACCAGAUUUUCUUGAUGCCAAGUACGGACACAAAUGCUCACACUCAGGAACCGGAACCAUGACAAAGUGGGGGGGUGGGUGUUGUGCUUGACUUUUUUGGACCUCCCCCCCCAACUCGUACGUGCAAGAAGCUUUUAGUCCCCCCACCCCCAUAAAAUAUACCAAAGAAAUCAAAUAAUUUAAUAGAUAAUUGUGACGUCACAGGAAUUUUAAAAAAUUUGUAGCGGGUUUAUACAGCCGACAAUUUGCCAGCCCAGUGGUCCCCAUAAUAUAUGCCGUGUUGCUCUGGGUGCCAUGUUGCCCUCGGGCAGAGCCAUGACAAUUAGGCAAAGAGGGCAUUUACAGCAGGCGCCAAAAUCUUCUUUAGAUAAGAUCUUAAUAAUAGUGAAUUAAAAUACUGACAAAUACGAACGCAAAAAUUAGUACGGACAAGGGUGUCGAAAAUACUUAUUGUCCAUACUAAAUAUGAUAGGCCUUUUAAAACAACAAAUUAACUUUGUUUCAUUAUUUAAAAUAAUGGUAAAUUUAAGCAAUCUGCACCAUGAUGUGUUUCCCACUUCCACCAUCUUGGUUACCAUGAUCCGUCACAGUUUAAGUGGCGGCCUUUUAAAAAACAUGUCGGUUAAAGUGUGGAGAGGAAAGGGAGAGAAUGUGCUGGUUUAGCUAUUUACAGAGAGAAACGAGGGGAACAGAAUGUUAAAAUUUAAUGAAAUAAUUUCAGCCGGUACAUAAAUUUUUGACAAACAAAGCUACUUUAUUGUAUCCCUCGAGAUAUGCGGCAAGAAGUCUCAUUGACCUGCAGUCGCCCCUUUUCCUAUCGUAAUUUCAGCUGGUACAUGCUCCUUUUCCUCAACUAAACCAUGUGUGUCGCUACAGUUAAUCACUGUAGUAAAAAAAAAUGUAAAAAUGAAGAAAAACUAUAAAAACUAAUUUUGAAAUAAUGAAAACCUAAUAUACAGUUUCAUAGAAUACACAUUUACACACUUUAUUUCAGGUCCCAUCAAAAUGAAAAUCCAAAAGUUAUCAGAAAAUCAAUACAUUACUAUAUCUAUUUUCCAAACUGCCCGAAAAUUUAAAUAUUUUAAUUAACCAACCAAUUAAACUUUAAUUUAAAACAUUCCAUCUUUGUAUUAAAGAAAAGUUAGCUUUAGUAACGUCAAUAGAAUGAGCAAAAGGGAGAGAAUCCUAAACAGACACGCGUCUUGGCGAGGAUUGCGGAAAUUGACCAAAAUAAUAUUUGAAGGACUGCACUCAUGCCCUAUAUUAUUUAAUUAUGAAGUAAGUAAAUAACUAGUGGAACAAUAUAUGUUAAUGUUUUGGCUAAAUGCCUUCUUCAGCAGACGAAGUAAAACAAGAACAAAAAAUAAAUAAAUACUUACUUGUUUGAAGAUCUCAAUGCAGCUCUUUGGUUAAAAUCAAAAGUGUUCUACUGUGUUAGAAACGGAUGUUAGGUUGUUCAAAACCAAAAUGUGAAUCCCACAUAAUUCUGUCGUGUGUACUAUCAAGGUAAAAGUAAGUACUUUGAUACUUAUCUGCACAUGUUGAAAAAUGAUAAAAACUUUCAUGGCAAUAAAACAGUCGGCUAUGCUGUGAUAUUGUUUUUUUGUGUAAAUCACUGUUUCCAAUAAAAGUACUGAAUUUAUCGGCGUAUAACACGCACUUUUUCUCCCUGAAAAUAGGGGGUAAAUGAUGUGUGCGUGUUAUACGCCGAUAUAAUGUUAAGGACCCAUAGUACAUACCGCAUAGCGGGGCGAAUGGUGCCUGUUAUACGCCUGUGCGUGUUAUACGCCGAUAAAUAUGGUACUUUAGUCAUCAAAUUCCGUAACAUAUAAUUUGUUUACAUUGACGCUUAUACCAUUUAUGCAACAAGGGGAACCUCCGCUAUUUUUCUUUGUCCCUUUGACCAUUCGUUCAGCUAUAAACCUCUUAAAUACUUUUCUUUUAGCAAACCAAAUUUAUUGUGACAGGAAAAUUCCUGUUAACAAUCCAAAUUGGGUCAGGAAUAACUUUGAAAUAGUCCAUUACCUCUUUUCCAUUGAAUUUUAGCCCUUUUAACUUGUCACCCUCACACACACCUCUUCCCCAAUCACUGAAUGGAAAAUAAUCAUUUUUCAAUUUUUUGUAUCUGCACCUGGAACAGAAUCGGUUCUCAAUAACAAUCAAUAAGAACAUUUUAAUAUUGUGUAGGCCUAUCUUUAAAUAUCUGAAUAAAUCUAAGUAAUAUGAAACAAAUUCACAACAUUAUCAGAUUAUUACACAAGAUAUUAUAAAACUUACUUUCCACAAUUUGAAGUAGUAGCAGUAUAUUUUAUAGUAAAUUUUAUUUUAUGGAGUUGGUAACACUUAUAUUUAGACUCUUCUUCCCAAAGAAAAUGUCAAAAUCUGUUGGAUUAAUAAUCCAUUUGCAUUUUUUAAAGCUUACAACCAUCUAUUUAAUCUUAGGGCCAUCUAUUUUACAUUUGCAUAUACGCAUAUAUAAAUAUAUAUGUAUGGGCAAUAACUCGUUUAUAAUUCAAAAAGCGUAACUAAGAUCACUUCUUCAUCGCAUUUAAUUUACAAAUAUGACCAACUUACUGAACCAGUACUAGGGGCCCAUGAUCUUCACUCAUGACUGUGAAGACAUGAAAUAUUUGUAAAUUUAGCAUAUUUACCGCCGUGAUACAAUAAUUUUUGAAAGUGAACUUAAUUUGCUGUUCAUAUCACACAGUUUAGCUAGAGUUAUCACCUUCUUGUUAUUAAUAAUGUACCUGGUAUGUUUUCCAUUUAUUCAGGUGCUUAUGAGAAUAUCAAGGUUGAGAAAAAGGGUGAAAAACAGAAUGUCACAUUGAUUCAGCUGCACAGACCAAAAGCUUUGAAUGCUCUUUGCAAUGCACUUAUAACUGAACUUGGUCAAGCACUUGAUGCGGCAGAAGCCGACGCAGAUGUUGGAGCUAUUGUCAUCACAGGGAGUGAGAGAGCAUUUGCUGGUAGGGAUUUAAUUGAUGUAUUGUCUUUAUUAUAUAUAUUUUGGUAAUAUUAAAGAUAAAGUAUGUUAAAUAUAUAAUAAUUAGUCACAUUUAUGUCCAUAAAAAAAAAUGUAUUUAGUUUUAGCUUUGUCAUUGCAAUCAGUGUUAAGUGUCAAUCCAAUUUUGAACUAUAAAAAAAAUUCUAGUUAAGUUAAAAGUAAUGUUAGUUUGUAAAAAUUAAGUACUUAGCUCAUUAACUUAACACUAAACUAGCUUGAAACAUUUCUGAGUGAUGUACAUAAUAUAAAAUGUUUUAAAAACACAUAAUACCAAGUCUUGACUUCCAAUGAUGCAACUAGAAUUAUUCCUGUCACAUGCUUAAAAAAAAAAUAAUGAUGUUGUUAAUGAGUUAAGCACUCCAAAAGUUGGAAAUAAAUUCAUCAAUUAGAACUCCUCCCUCCCUCCCCCUUUCCAUGCUUCCCCUAUGCCAUGUUUGCCUGGCUCAUUGCUGACACCUCUCACAAAUAUUUGGCCCAAGUUGAUCAAACCUCUUCUAAACCCUUGGUAUUUCAGCUGGUGCUGACAUUAAAGAGAUGCAGACAAUGAACUCAUUCCCAGAAGUAUACAACAGUAACUUUCUGAUGAAUUGGGACAAGGUUGCCAGAUGUCGUAAACCGGUUCUUGCAGCUGUCAAUGGAUUUGCUGUAUGAAGAAAAGAUUUUUACCCUCAUGUGUCACAUUUUCUUAAUCUAUUUGGCAAACUAGUUUUCUGACUAUUUAAUACUAAUCUUGCAUCUGAGUUGUGCAGUCUUGCCAUGAGAGGGGAAAUAACCACUAGAGUUAAACACCUGUAAUUCUGUCCUCUACAUCUUACUUGCACAUCUGGCCCAAUUUGAAGCCCUCAGCUACACCAUGGACAAGUUUUAGUCACUUGCUUUCACCCACAUCGCAAAAUGCGCAUCUCAUUUCGCCAAAUUUUUUUUAAUCUAAGCUAGGCUCUACUUGUCUGAACUCAAACAUUUUAAUGCUAUGCAAAAUAAGUAGAAAGGCCUUUUUUUUUUUUUGUACGUAUGUUUAAAGGUUGUUUUUGUUUUUGUUUUUUUUGACAAAACAAUUAUCCGUUGUAGAAUAUAGAUUUAAAUUUAUUAUUUUAAUUUAUGUAUUACCAAAGCUCACUUUUAAAUAUUUCAUAUUGGCUUAUUUAUAAAAAUAAGCAGAAGUUAAAAAUUAUUCUAUCUUUAAUUUUUUAGAACUGACAGCACAACAUAUUCCUUGUUCCAUAUUGAUACUAAAAACCCUGAUCACAGCACUUGGUCUCAGGAAGCGUGAGACAUGAAAAAGUAUUAGAGGCGCACAUAAUUUUAAAAUCUUUUUCAAGUUUAAUUUUUAAAAAUAUUUUGAUAAAGUUUGAAGAUCAACACAAAACUAUAAUAAUCACUUUCAAAACCGAUAAUAGUUUAAAAAUGUCUUUAAUUUCGUGCAAAGAUUUUUUUCCAAUUUAAUCAAAACAAAAUGAUUUUUUUCCAAUGUCAAAUCUCUACCUGCUCAUUUUUAUUGACACAUACAAAUAAGAGAGGGAGCACCUGAGCAUGUAUUCUGGUGAAGUCUGAACAGACAAAUCCUUAUUGUAGUAAUGCAAUGCUGUCUGUCAUAAGUGGUGAGAUGUCUGGAAGGUGACAUGUGUUGUGACAAGGUUUCUUGAUAGAUGUGUUCCUGAGAUUGUGUAGGGUGGAAGAAACACAUUUUUCUGCCAUCGAAAAUGCCUGGAUCCAGAGAUCUGUGUGGUCCAAGGGAAAGUGUUGUGAUGUGAAAAAGUUGAAUGAGAUGGCUGUGUUGUUAGCCAGAAGAUGGACCGACCAGUGUGAAACUGCGCAGGGAAGCACAUGGCUGCUACUGAACGCCCAUUCAGACAUGUCUGCUCUUACAAAAGGGUAUUGACUGGAUGCCAAUUUUCCCAGACUGUUCUCAAUGGUUCUUAUGUUGCCAACUUAAUAACCUGUGAGAAUAAAUACAGCCAAAGACUGUGCCUCAGCUUGUUAUGAUAUAAAAUUGGAAGAGGUUUCAUCAAACAUUUUCCACACAUAAAUAAAAUUGUAGUUCUCUGUAAUUUGCCCUACGGUCAGUUUUUUAAAUGUUGUUUUAACUUGUAAAUAAAAUUAUUGCAGAACACUAGCAAUGUUAGUAUUAAACAUCCAUCAUGUGCUUUAAAUGUAAGUAAUUUGCAUCUAAUCACUUAGAAAAUAUGAAGCCAGUCUCAACUUGAGCGACAACCUUUUCCCACUACCAUGCCAAGAAAUAAAGUAAAUUCCUUUUCUUGUAAAUAUCCAUGAAAGGUGUUAUGUCAAACCUUGGAUACAUUCUUUCAGUUGGUGAUGAUAUCAAGGAAAUGUGUGACAUGUCAUUCCAAGAGGUCUUCAAACACAACUUUCCUCCCUUUGAUGUCCCUUUGAUGCAGUGUAGAAAGAUCUUGAUAGCAGCAGUCAAUGGAUAUGCUGUAUGUUUAUCUUCAUCUCUGUGUAAUGUUUCUGUCUUCUGAGAGUUGUUACAAAUGGCAGUAGUUGACAAAUCUCUAAGUCAUCAUAUUUCUUCAUGUUCUCUCAAGCUUCUUUAAACUUGGUGGAUUCAAUGUCACGGCAUUAAUCUUCUCCCAUUAUUAUACGUGAUAUGAAGGCUGUAUGAAAUAGAGCAGUCACCUUACAGCAAUCAUUGUCCAAGCCAGUUUUCUACAUUGAAUCUCGGGCUCUUUCAAAGAAAACUUAAACUCACCAAGUUUUGUCCAUGUUUACAGUGGGUGCUGAUGUAGAAGAGAUGAGCCAGAUGUCUUUUCACGAAGUGGUUUCCACUGAUUUUCCAAAUUUUGAUGCAUUCAGGCGAUCAAGAAAACCUCUGAUUGCAGCUGUUAAUGGCUACGCUGUACGUUGUCCACUUCACAUUCCAUAUUUCAGUUUUGUUCUUUAAUUUGACCAUUUUAUUUUAGUGGCAUUUCAAAAGUAAAAUUUCUUUGUUCAUUUUUGCUAGAAUAAUUUUUUGUUUUACCUUCACUUAUGAUUUCAGUAAAAUUUUAAAAAAUAUUGAAUCCUAAUUAAAAUAUACAUAGGUAAUUUUAAACCAGUUUAUCAAUAAGAAAAAUGGGGAUGAGUCAACACAUGUUAAAAAAUCUUGUAGGAUGAGUCAACAGGUGUUGUCUUGUAUGUUGACAGAUAUUGCUCUUUAUUCAUUGAGCUCAAAUUUUACUACCUCAGUAACUUUGAUGCAGGUUAAUGCUAUAUCCUGAAUAUUCUUUGCAUACUUUGUUCAGAAAAUUAAGUAUCCUUUUAGAUUUAUGCAAUGAGCUUAGUCUUAGACUUGGAUAAUUAACAAAACGUUCUGUUAAACAGAAAUUGGCAUAUAAUUUUUCUUGUUUCAGUUGGGUGGAGGUUGUGAAUUGGCCAUGAUGUGUGACAUUAUCUAUGCCGGAGAGAAAGCCCAGUUUGGCCAGCCAGAGAUUACAUUAGGGACCAUCCCUGGUAAGGGCUUUAAGAAAUCACUCGGAAUGUAACCCCUUUUAAAAUCAAGAUAGAACUAAUGGAAGGAAAAGGUCAACUCCAAAAAGUGGGUCAUGGACAAUCAUCGCGAUUGUUCUCAAAUCAGUCUUAGCUUACUGCAAAUGUGUCCGUACAUUGUUGAAAGUACCUUAGAAAAUAUCUUCCCAAGGUGCUGGAGGUACCCAAAGACUGACAAGAGCCAUUGGCAAGUCGAAGGCAAUGGAAAUGGUUCUCACUGGAAACAGGAUAACGGCCCAAGAGGCUGAAAAAGCAGGUACAUCCAAUGAUCUGAUUACAAGGACAAGUAACAUGUUUUACUGGGCCAGAAAUGUUUAAAAUGUUGGUGUUGCAUAAAGAAUAUAAUAUAUGGGAAUAGCCAUCUUGUUUGAUGGGGAGAAGGCAUUUAGAAUUUGUUCUUAAGAGAAUAAAACAUAAUUGCAUGCAUUUCCCUUAUCAAGUUUCUCCUAUAUUCCAGGUCUGGUAAGCAAAGUUUUCCCACCAGAUCAACUGGUUGAUGAAGCAAUCAAAACAGCUGAGAAAAUUGCAAGCUUUUCUAAAACAAUAACAGCAAUCUGCAAGGAGUCUGUUAAUACUGGUGAGCAUUGAUGAAUGUAUAAUUUAUUGCUGGUGGGCACAGAAUGGUGUUUAUACUGGUGAGCAUUGAAUAUAUAAUUUAAUUAAUUCCCUACUCCAGUGAUAACUCCUGUUUAUAUUGUUGCUGAGAAGUGAUGAGAUCUCUUCAGUCUUAUACAUUUAGAUUAUCCAAGUGUCCUCAGAUAUCAUAGUUUUAGAAAUUGUAUUGCAGGAUAUGAUCUGACACUGGCAGAAUCCAUACAUUUUGAAAAAAGAUUGUUCCAUGCCACAUUUUCAACAGUAAGUGAUCACUGUGCUCUAUUUUUUUAAAGAAAAAAAUGUCAUGGCCUUAAAUAGGCGAGUUGGGGGGGGGGUGUACACAUGUUCCCUAAUCAAUUAAGUAUUCAACUUCUAGAAAUUGACCAAGUAUCACGAAAACCAGUGACCAUCAAUAUUGUUCUUGUCUUUCCUGUAGCAUGAUCGUAAAGAAGGAAUGACAGCUUUUGUUGAAAAACGAGCCCCCAAGUUCAAAGAUUGUUGAAUGCAUCUUGAACAAAAAAUUACCAGCGUCACAAGGAGGAUUUAACCAAGACUUAUUUCAUGUAACUGUCCAGUCACACCUCUGUUAAAAAAAUGUCAUUUGUAAAGAUUGCAGAAGAUUUUUUAUUUAAUAGAAGUUAAUAAAGAAGAUGUAGAGAAUUGAACUCGAGUUCAGAUACUUUGUAAAAAUAUUUUAUUUCUCAAAUCAAAAAUACACAAAGAAAUUCUGUAAAAAUAUUUU